ACUCAACACCAAGCACAAUAAACGCACGAUUUCACAUCCUCUCGUUGCACACUUACGGUACAAACCAUGAAGAUGAACACCAUCCUCCAAGGGCUAGUCCCUUUCUUCGCCAUUGUGUGUGGUGUUUCCUCCGAGAGGUUGGAGUCGGCACCCGUGGCCGCCGCGCUGUGCGGGGAAGAAGGCGUGAAGCAGCUCUCGGGAUACUACAAGAUUCAGGACGAGGGCGCGACAGACAAGGAGUACUUCUUCUGGAUGGCGGAGUCCCAGGAUAACCCUAGCGAAGACCCGCUCAUCCUCUGGCUCACGGGCGGCCCAGGGUGCUCUUCGACGCUGGCCCUCCUGGCCGAGAACGGCCCGUGUAAGGUGAACGACGACGGCGAGACGACGACGCCCAACCCCAGCUCGUGGAACAGCCGGGCCAACGUGAUCUGGGUAGACCAGCCGGCGGGCGUAGGGUUCAGCUACGGCAAGGCCCCCGGAGACUUCGACCACGGGGAGGACGCGGUUGGGGAAGACAUGUUCUGGUUCCUGCAGCAGUUUUUCGCGACGCACCCCGAAUACGCGUCCAACCCGUUCUACGUGUUCGGCGAGUCGUACGGGGGUCACUACGCCCCCUCGGUGGCACACAGGGUGUGGCAAGGAAUCAAGAGCGGAGAGGGUUCCAUGAUCAAUCUUCAGGGGAUGGGCAUCGGAAACGGCCUCACGUCUCCUGCGAUACAGUACUCCUUCUACACCCAAAUGGCAGUGGACAACCCGUACGGGGUGAAGGCGGUGUCCGAAAAGGACGCGGCCAUGAUGCGGGCGUACACGCCGGCGUGUGUGGCGCUCAUCGACGGGUGCCAAGACGUGCCGGAGAUGUGCGACGAUGCUCAGUCUUUCUGCGACGAGCACAUGGUGGCGCCGUACAUGCUCUCCGGCCUUAACCCGUACGAUGUCAGGAAGCAGUGCGGCGACCAAGACCUGUGCUACGACUUCUCUGCCAUCGAGAAGUUCCUGAGGCUGGACAGCACCCGCGAGGCCCUUAACGUGCGUGAUGACAGUGCACCGUGGGAGUCUUGCAACAUGAAGGUCAACUCUGACUUCAGCGGGGACUGGAUGCGAGAGUUCGACGGGCUCAUUGGGCCGAUGCUGGAGGACGGCGUGUCCGUGCUUAUCUACGCCGGCGACUGCGACUGGAUUUGCAACUACAUGGGCAACGAGGCGUGGACCCUCAGCUUGGACUGGGCCGGGGGGGACGGCUUCCGAGCGGCCCCGCAGAUUGAAUGGAGCACGGACGCCGCCGCCGCCGCCGCCGGCCUGUCGAGGUCAUAUGGCGGACUCACGUUCCUUCAAGUGUACGAGGCAGGACACAUGGUGCCCAUGGACCAGCCGGAAGUUGCCCUGGCCAUGCUCAACGCCUUCGUGCACGAAGACGCCCGCCCGUUCGAGCAGCCGCAGCACGCGGGGGGCGAGCGGGCAACGGUGUCUUAAGCCAUGACCCGUUGACCACGUCUCCUCUGUACAGGGCGACUGCUGUUGGGAUGCUGCAAGACCCCCCCCCCGUUCAUCUUUUACCAAGGAGAGUGAGAGAGGAUGGGUGACGUCACUGCGUUGCUCUAUGUGUACAUUCUCGCUUGAGAGCGACCUUGGCGUGCCGGACCCGAGGCGGGCCCUCGCGCACGGCCGAGAAGUUUUGUAGAGGGCGAUCGAGAAUGUUUCGGGACGUGAAUGCUGACGACGGCAGCGAGGGAGUGGUUGCGUCGGACAAAUUGCCGCUCGCUACCGUGUGCUGGUGCCGCCCGCGGCCGGCCCUACCUCAUUCGACCGUUGUUUUUGGUCGCGUGUCGAUUCCUUUCUUGCGAGAGAACUGGUUCCUUCCUUCCGUGCUUUGCGCAGCUGAUUGGCGGGCAAAUCCCGUGAGUUCCCGUCAACUGUACGGGCAAGCGCUUGGGGCGAGAGAGCCGUACACCUCGUGCUUGUAUGUAGAGCUGCACCUCGAUUUGUGAAUGCCUAUGUAUGGGUGUCUGAAAAGCUCUUACCAGCUAUUUUGCGGCGUAUGCAUCCAAUUAGCCAGGUAGAUUCGCCAGUCCAUUGUGGGGGUUGCUCAAAUGUGUAAUUUUUGUGUUUAGUUUUUGGUGAUGUGGGUGAUGUGGUGGGGGCCCCCGUAGCUGUGUUGGUCCAUGGGCCCUGCAAUUGGAAUCACGAAUGGACGGGUUUCUAUCUCCCGCCGCGUAUGUAGAACAUCGUAGAGUUCCUUGCGUGAGGCCGCUGUUUCAACGGUCGCUUUGCAUGGGCGCGAUACGGUGAAGGAAGGGUACCCUGAAACUUGGGAGGCCCGCCGUUGCCGCUGGUUAAGCCUUUGGGCGCGCGUGCGUUGCCCGGGCCGGAGUGGAUGAGGUUACGAUGUGCAGAAUGAAUGGACUCAUGUUUCCCAAGUAAAAUGUCCCACGUUUUGGCACGUUAGUGCAGGUUUUGCUCACAUGUUUCGUUUUGGGACGAGCGCGCGUAAUGCUCGUACGCGCCACGAACACGCCUAGCUCUGCGAGCGGACUGGAUGCAAUCGUAUCACACACUGUCUUCAGCGUGAUAUUAAAAAGUGAAAAGUGGGGUUCGUUACGAACACGACCGACAAAAGAGGUGUCAGAGGAGCUACAGUACAUUGCCAAGAAGAAAGUGGGUUGUCGGUUUCAGGGCCGGCAUCAAUGUUUUCUCUGGAGUAGACCGAGCACCGCACGAUGUGCAAGCAACCAAACCGAUCUGCAGGGGGGCUUUCCAACAUUGAACGAAGCGUUAGGUUUGCAAAGAGAGAAAAGGAGACAUGAGGGCGGGGGCCAAGCUGGAGAAAAACACGUCCAUCCCGCUUUGUGGUCCCUGGUGCGUCAGGCAUACACCGAAGGUGCGAUAGACGGCCGCCCAGGAGAUGGGACGACGGUGUAACAGAUUGCCAGGAUUGAGCUGAAUCGAGUUGACGUCGCCAAGU